AAAAUUUCAUCAUUAAACAUGGAGAUCAAGUGGAUAUAUUUGCUUGUGCUCAUCUACAUCAUAGAAAAAGGGUUUGCAGCGUUUCCUAAUGAACAAGAAAAAAGAGAUUAUUAUUUUAAAAUAAAAGAAAGAUGUUGGGAACAUUGCAAAUCGACGAUUUCAGAAGAAAAUUUAGAAAUUUAUGAAGACGAUUUAGGGGGGGUAGAGAAUGAACAAAUAUGUGCUUAUAAAUAUUGUAUGGCAGAGUUCAUUGGAUUUAUAAAAAAUAACAAAAUAGAUAUUGAUAAAAUUCUAAGUGAAGGACAACAGGCCUUUCCUAAAAUUCGAUCGCAUGAAUUUAUAGCUGGAAAGGCUCUGCUAAAAUCAUGUAAAACUGCUGCCGAAUCAGCUGAUGAUGGGCCCACAGUAUAUCGAGAAUUUUCAAAAUGCAUCACCAGAGAAAGUUCAGUUCAAUUCGAAUAAUGAUAAACCUGCAAUUAUGAUCAGCAAAAAAUUUUCAAGAAUUUAA